AUGAGGAAGAUGUUGUCCACCGCAGCCAUUGCCGUGCGGCUGUUCCAGCUGCUGUUAGCCGUCGUGGUCCUUGGGCUUUGGGUCACGCUGACCAAGGCCCAAAUUAAUGCCCGAUGCCCCCCGAGACAGGCGUUAGCGGCUUUGUGGACCGAGUCCAUCCAGAGUUUUGUUGUUCUGACUGCCGAUGGAGUUUCGGCCGUAUUAUAUCUCGUCGGAGACAUCGUACUCCCCCAUGUCAUGAAGAGUGUAUCAAGCUGCGUCGCUACCGACGAUAAAGCCAAACCAGACCGGCUUGGUAAGAAAAUUAUCAACAUCGGAUGCUGGGAUGGAGACUUCAACCAUCAGACGCCCCAAAAUUGUGCUGCCAUCCCGAUGGAUCUACUCCGUCCUGCAUGUCAACGCACACAAGCCAACUACGUAUUCGGGUUCUCGGGCUUCAUUUUCGCGGUUGGCAUGUUCUUCCUGAGACACAUGCUGUCCCAUCGCGGAAGAACCGCACGAACGACCCAGGGCUGA